UUGAAGUCGCAGAAACAAAUUCUCAGGCACAGCGAAACGAGCAAAGGAAUACUACAACUCUAAGAGAUAUUUGGAUUAUACUUUGGACAAGCACACUUUGACUGGAUUUAAUCUUGUGGAUUACUAUUAUUUGAAGCAAAAUGACCCUGGAAGAAGUCGUUGGAUGCAACAUCACUGAUAAAAAAAUGGACACCGUGAACCAAGCAUUGGAAGAGCUGCUGGUAGCAGCACAGAGACAGGACUGUCUUACAGUCGGCGUUUAUGAGUCUGCAAAACUAAUGAAUGUUGAUCCAGACUGUGUGGUUCUGUGCGUUCUGGCCACCGACGAGGAGGACCUGGACGAUAUUGCGCUGCAGAUUCACUUCACGCUCCUUCAGGCGUUCUGCUGCGACAACGACAUCAACAUCCUGCGGGUGUCUGGUCUGAGGCGCCUCGCGCAGGUGCUCGGCGAGCCAAGCACCGUGGACAACAGCGAGCCUAGAGACUUCCACUGCAUCCUAGUCACUAACUCUCAAUGCCAACCACUCAAAUGCCAGGCGCUGAAGGACGUGGGCAACUACUGUGAAGAGAGCCGGUGCAAAAACCAAUGGAUUCCUUAUCUGUCCCUGCAAGAACGUUGAACGAGUCGCGAUGCUAUUGCUGCAUGGAAAGGAUGAAAGAGUCAUUCUCUGCGAAUGAAAGCAAAAGGGUCUCUGCACCAGCCGCCGUUGACUGCUGCGUCACGUGAAAGGGGCUGUGAGAGAAAGUGGAGCUCUUGGAACUGUGCGCACGGUACAUUCCACCCUGCCUCUCCAGCUUGUCGUGUCAUCCGUGGGAAAAAGUGGUCGUUUUGGUAGCGGAGGAACAAGUUGUGGGAAAAUGAACUGCCUGUCGGCGCGAGCCGUGCUGGAGAACUUGCACGCGGGCGGCGUGGGCACGCGCGCGCCCCCGGCUUCAUAUGUGCAACGGGUUGGAAAGAGAGCGUGCGUCACUAUCGCUGACUGCGGAACGAACAUUUUCAAAUGUUGAGUUAAUAAUCUGUGUAUAACUAUGAACUGCAGUAGCAUUUCUGCUAAGCUACAAAUGGACUGCAAUCGCUUCUGCACUGUGAAGAACAGUGUUUGUGGAACAAAAUGAAUUCUGCUGACAUGCAUACUAUGAAUUGAUCUAGGCUAAGUUAUUUCCAGUAAUUUAAACAGAGUAAUAUAUGCAUUGCUUCUCCUGUCAAAUGCAAUAUUGUUUCAAUAAAUUAUUGAGAAUUGUA